GUUACCUUUGGAGCCCGAAAGGAGGAAGGAAGCAAAAUAUCAACAACGCCGAGGCGUCUCGGGCGCUCGGCCCCGGUCCCCUCUGCCCGCCGCGCGCCUGCCCGCCCCCGCGCCCACGGCGGGGGCCCAGGCCCCCCGGCGCCGCCCAGGGCCCGCGCGGACGCCGGCCUCAUUUGUUAUUCCCCCCCGUCCGGAGCUGCGGCUGCCUGGUGUUGAAGAUCCCCCGGACCGGGGGCGAGGGCCACCCCUCCCAGCCGUGACACCCCCUUCCCCCAGCGGGGCCGGACGCUGUGCAGAAGGUGUCCUGCAGACCAUGAACUGAGCCCUGGUUCCAGGCCGUUCAUGAGCACAGUGUGAGGCGUGCCGAGACCUGCCACCCAGCAAUCCCCUCCCCUCCCUAGCACUGAGGAUCCCCAGAGAAGAUGGGGAGGAAAAAGAUUCAAAUCCAGCGAAUCACUGAUGAGCGGAACCGACAGGUGACAUUCACCAAGCGCAAGUUCGGACUGAUGAAGAAGGCGUACGAGCUGAGUGUGCUCUGUGACUGUGAGAUCGCGCUCAUCAUCUUCAACCACUCCAACAAGCUGUUCCAGUAUGCGAGCACCGACAUGGACAAGGUGCUGCUCAAGUACACGGAGUACAACGAGCCGCACGAGAGCCGCACCAAUGCCGACAUCAUCGAGACCCUGAGGAAGAAGGGCUUCAACGGCUGUGACAGCCCCGAGCCCGACGGGGAGGACUCGCUGGAGCAGAGCCCCCUGCUGGAGGACAAGUACCGGCGUGCCAGCGAGGAGCUGGACGGGCUCUUCCGGCGCUAUGGGUCAGCUGUGCCGGCCCCCAACUUUGCCAUGCCCGUCACGGUGCCCGUGUCCAGUCAGAGCUCACUGCAGUUCAGCAAUCCCAGCAGCUCUCUGGUCACCCCUUCCCUGGUGACAUCAUCCCUCACGGACCCGCGGCUCCUGUCCCCGCAGCAGCCAGCGCUGCAGAGGAACAGCGUGUCUCCGGGCCUGCCCCAGCGGCCGGCCAGCGCAGGGGCCAUGCUGGGGGGAGACCUCAACAGUGCUAACGGAGCCUGCCCCAGCCCUGUUGGAAAUGGCUACGUCAGUGCCCGGGCUUCCCCUGGUCUCCUCCCCGUGGCCAAUGGCAACAGUCUCAACAAGGGCAUCCCUGCCAAGUCUCCGCCCCCGCCCACCCACAGCGCCCAGCUUGGAGCCCCCAGCCGCAAGCCCGACCUGAGGGUCAUCACUUCCCAGGGAGGAAAGGGGUUGAUGCAUCACUUGACUGAGGACCAUUUAGAUCUGAACAAUGCCCAGCGCCUUGGGGCCUCCCAGUCUACCCACUCACUCACCACGCCAGUGGUUUCCGUGGCAACACCGAGUUUACUCAGCCAGGGCCUCCCCUUCUCCUCCAUGCCCACUGCCUACAAUACAGAUUACCAGCUGAGCAGUGCCGAGCUCUCCUCCCUCCCAACCUUCAGCUCGCCCGGGGGGCUGUCGCUAGGCAGUGUCACCGCCUGGCCUCAGGCCGCGCAGCCGCCCCAGCCGCCCCAGCCGCAGCCGCCCCAGCCGCCCCAGCCGCAGCCGCCCCAGCCGCCCCAGCAGCCGCCCCAGCCGCAGCCCCAUCUGGUCCCCGUGUCUCUCAGCAGCCUGAUCCCGGGCAGCCCUCUGCCUCACGUGGGGGCUGCCCUCACAGUCACCACCCACCCCCACAUCAGCAUCAAGUCGGAGCCGGUGUCCCCCAGCCGCGAGCGCAGUCCCGCGCCGCCCCCUCCAGCUGUGUUCCCAGCGGCCGCCCGCCCGGAGCCUGGCGAUGGCCUCAGCAGCCCGGCCAGCAGCUCCUACGAGACCGGGGACCGGGACGACGGACGGGGGGACUUCGGACCCACGCUGGGCCUGCUGCGCCCAGCCCAGGAGCCCGAGGCUGAGGGCCCUGCUGUGAAGAGGAUGCGGCUCGACACCUGGACAUUAAAGUGACGAUUCCCAGCCCCCUCCUCUCAGCCUCCCUGACGAAGAGUUGACAAUCUCACCGCCCACCCCUCCCGGCCCUGGGCCUCCUCCCGCUCGACCCCACUUCCUUUUGUGCUCCGUGUCCUGUUGACGGUUACAUUUGUGUAUAAUUAUUAUAUUAUUAUUAUUAUUAUUAUAUUUUUUUUAAUUUGGAUUCUCGCUUUGGAGAGGAGGAUGCUCCUGUCCCCUCUUUCUGCACCCCCCGCCAUUUUACUGGCUGGGGGGCUCUUUUUUGCGGGAAGGGGGACACUUUGCACGUUGUACACAUAUGCUGCAGGAGGGGGUGGGGAGCCCGACAGGCCUUUGGGACAGGACGGGUGCCGAGCCCUGCAUGCGGAGCCCUCCCACCCCACCCCCAGAUAGAGGGAGAUAACCAAAAAACCUACCAGGCCACAAAACCCCUUAUAAUAUACUGAAACCCCAAAGUCGGCCUGAUGGGUGGGUUUGUGUUUCAGGGGGCAAGUGAGCCCAGGUUCUGAAAAGGGUCUCUGCUUCUGGGCUAUUCCCGUGGCCACAGGCACAUGGGGUGAAAUGCCCAAGCUUGGCCCCCCAGUGCCCCUGCACACACACAACACUCUCACGGAUUCAUGCAUGAGCUGCACCCCCAAGGUGUGGGGGUGCUGGCCGAGCCUCUGGGCUGGGAAGGCUGCCUGGGAUUCGGAGGCCGGGGGCAGGGUUUGAGGUAGGGGGCCCCUCGGAAGCACAUUUGGAGAGAAAGACGGAGAGCCAUGAGGAGGGGCCGAGAGCGGGGUGAGGGGUGACUCGGGGCCCCCUUCUGUCCCUGGUAGUUUCUCUAAGAUAUACAGUGCAAUAGCUCCCCGUCCCUGGGCUGACACCAGCCCCCGAAAGCAGGCCACAAAGUGCAGGGAGGACGGCGGGCGGGGCAGGGAACAGCUCAGCAGGACUGGCGCCCCGGCGUCCAGGGGCACGUGGGAGUGGGGGCUCUCUCUUCCUUGCACGGACACAUCCCCAAAGGAGGGACACUGGGGUGGCGUGAGGGUGGGAGGCCCGCCUGCCUCCUUUCCUCCUGGGCCCUCCCCAGCCCCCUCCCCGCUCCUCCCGCCCCGACCCCACCUCCCUGGUCGGCUACCUCCUGCCCCACUACCCCCGGCAGCGCACCUUCCCUCUUGGCUACUGUAACUGUAAAUAGCAACCUUUGGAAAACGUUAGCAGUGUAACAGUCCAGGAAACUGUUUUUUUUGUUGUUGUUGUAUUGAUAUGAAAUGAGAUUCUAUUUUUGUCAAAGUAUAUUGUAAUAAUAACGACUCAAGCGGCCCGUACUGUACAGAUGAGACUCUUCUGCUGUUGUUCUUGCUCCCCGCCCCGCCCCUCUCUGCUGGGACCUCAGGCUGGACCCCAGAUCAGACGCGGGGGGGGCAGGCCCCCAGCCUGCCACCCGGAGGGGGCUGGCCCGAGUGGGCAGGUGGCGUGUGCAGGUGGAUAGGGGGUCUGCCCCAGUCCUUCCCCUGCACCCAGCUCCUCUGCCUCAGGGACGCAGUGCUCCCUGGGGGCGUCAUCCCAGUAGGACAGCAGACGGUAGACAAGGCCCAGCUUUGCGGUCCUGCCUCUGCGACCCAGCCGCUUGCAGUAUCCCGACACUUGACGCAGGGAGGGAACCAGAAGCAGGGGUGUAUGUGACCACACGUGCACCUGAGCGUGUUCGUGAGGGCAUCCGGUAUCUGUGUGUGUGUAUGGGGGCGUGGACAUACCGGUGUGUGUCUCUGAGCCCAUCUGGGCCUAUCCACGGAUCUGUGUGAAUCGAGCUCCGAGGGCAUGUCCGUGUGUGCACGUGCCUGGCGUUUGCGGAGGGACAGUGGCCGCUGGGCCGCACAGCCCUGGCUUCCAGCUCCACGCCGCUCCAGCUUGGCCCCUGCCCCAGUCCACCUUCCGCUUUGACAGGUUUGGACCACAGUUGGGGGGAUCCGGCAGUUGCCCCCUUUGCCUCUCGCUGGGGCCCUGCCUCCCCUGGGCUCCACACACAAGUGGCCACCCGAUCCCCGGUCCUUUGCACACACGCAGCUGCCCUUCCUGCUCUUCCCCCACCCCAAUCCUGCUUUCAGGGUGACACUCAUGAUUCUCUUCCUUCUUGAAGCUUCUUCUUUGGGCCGUGAUCCUUCCUUACUCAGAGUUUAAGCCCCACCUGCUGAUUGGGCACACAGCAUGUCCCAACCUACUCCGUGGGUUCCUAGAGGGGGUUUGAAGAGUCGACGAGACUCGAUCAGGGCCUCGAAGUACGCCAGGGUAUAGGCUUGCGCGUGCAUGCAUCCCCAGAGCCUUGCCAGUGUCUGGCACGUAGUUGGUGCACAGUGAAUGCCGAAUGGGUGAGCGAUAGGUGCUCGAUAAAGCUCGAGUGACUGGCUUUCCCUUCUCAGGCUGUUCCUGGCGGCAGUCCGCCCACCUGUGGAAGCUGGGCUUGGCCGCCACUAGACACACGGUGGGGACAAGAGCCCCUGCGUUCACGGUGCAAUAUUCACCAGUUUUGCCCUCUGCCUUGUAAUGGCAAACCUGGCUUUUGAUUACCGUGUGUGUGUGUGUGUGUGUGUGUGUGUGUGUCCUUCCUCUCUCCCUGGGGGCAGGGGGUGGGUCUGUGAAUGAAUAUGUGACAUUUCUGCAAUUCAGUAUCCCAAGGUUUCUCUUGGGGGUAGGGGCUCCUGGCUGGCCAGACGCAUGGGUCCCUGGGAACCCAGACCUCAAGCGGGGGGGGCUUCAUUUCUUCCUCUCGCAAAGCCAAAUUUGCCUCCACCUACUCUUUCCUCCUAAGAACUGGGCGUUUGCCAGAGUAAUCACUGGAGUCAUCCCACGCCCCUCCCUUCCCCAGCCUUCCCACAGCUUCCAGGGACAGUGGGCAAGAGGACCCUCCGAUUCCACUGGGACGCACCAUCCCCCCCUCCCCAGCAGUGCCCUCGAUGCAGCAAGACUGACCCCCGACCUUUACCCAGCCCUCCCCACCUUGGACAGGAAGGAAUUAAUGCACCUUCUCUUGAUGAUUAUUUAUUUGUUUGGAGAGACAGAAAUGAUGUAAAAGUGUAUCUAGAAAUAUCUAUAUCUAUAUAUUUUUAACUGACUCUUUGGAAUCCCCUGGGUUGGGGUGGGGGUGAAUUUAGGCUUUCGUAGAGGAGAGGAGACCUGGAGCCUGGGAACUCUUGUCCUCUCCUCUGCCACCUCUGUCCACCCCCUAAGCGAUGGUGGAAGGCGUGGGAUUUGUGUGGGGGCAGGGGGCUCGAAUGUUCUAUGGAGAAUCUGGAUUCUCUUUGUCUUCCCCAUUCAGGUCCCAGAGGGAAGGGGGAGAGGGAGGGAGGCAUGGAGGUGCCCCCCCAAACCCGACAAUCACCCACACUCCUGGGGCUGCUCCUGGGUCCUGGGCAGGGCGAGUCCAAGUGUGUGGCUGUUGAUUUGUUUUCAAUAUUUCUUUCCGUGCUGUAUGGUGAUGCUUUCUUAGUAUUCUACACAAUAAGAAGACAAAGUCCUCGGGAUUCUUAUGAGUUUUGUUUGAAAACUCUUUCACUAUAUUUGUUGUAAAGAGGUUUACUAUUAAAAGAAAAAGAAUACACGUUUCUGAUA